AUGGCUGAAAUCAAGUCAACAAUGGCAAUAGAGGUUGAGAAAACGGAUAAGACUUAUACUGUGUUGCACGGUAAGGCUGAUGUUGUUGCAAAUGCAAUUCCGAACAUUAAGGAGUCUAUUUUGAAAGUUGAUCUUUCGUCUCAGCCAAUCGUGCCACAGGAGUCAAUAUUUCAGUUGAUUACGAAGAUUGAGAGAAAUAUCAAAACUAAGCUCGCAACCAUCCUUGAGUUGGUGCUUCACUUACCAACAAAUGCUCUUCACGCAGUGCAAGUGUCGCAAGCGGGAGACAAAGCAUAUGCUGUUGUUGGGUCUUCGAAAGAUUAA